UAGCUUGUGGAUCUCACCCUCGCCACGUAUCGAGCAAUGCCCCCAACUUAAACCCAUCCAAACCCCAUAACACAUGUAAAAGAACGCUACCUAUAUUUUAAAGUAAAUUUAUGUCAGAGUUUACUACUUUAUAAAAAAAAAAUAUUGCUAUGAUUAUCACGUUUCUCUUUAAUAAAAGAAAGUGGCCAAAUGCGCGGCAAAAGAAUGCAGGAAAACUGUGACCGAACAAUAACAUUUUCCAAAAACCAUUACACGUCCCGUUUUUUUCUGCCUCACUCCGCCCACAUGCAUAUUGUUAUUUUCUCACUCCACCUUUUAAUUCUUAUUCAAUUUUCCAUAUUUAUUUCACUAACCCUGCCAUAACUUCAACAAAUCGGUUGAUUUUCCCGUUCUUUUUUACAUUCCAAAAUUUAGUGUUCUACAUUCUAAUUUUUAUUCACAUGGCUGUUGUACACAUACUUCUUGCUUUGGUUUUGCUUUCUACAACUUAUGUCUGCUCAUCGUUGGCGGUUCCUUCCUCGGAUGCGGUCUUGAUAGUCGUGGAUCAAUCAGGAAAAGGCGAUUAUCGAACGAUACAAGGAGCGAUUAACGCCGUUGCUUCCAAUAACUCCGAGCUUGUUUACAUCUCAAUUAAACCAGGAAUAUACAGAGAGAAGAUUGUUGUUCCUGCCGAUAAACCGUUCAUAACAUUGAGCGGAACCGCAGGAACCAACACAACCAUAACGUGGAAUGAUGGUGGAGACAUAUUUGAUUGUCCAACAGUAUCUGUAAUGGCUUCCGAUUUUGUUGCGAAAUAUCUUACAAUUCAAAACGAGUUUGGGACGAGGGGGAAAGGUAUCGCGUUGAGGGUAUCAGCGGAUCGUGCUGCGUUUUACGGGUGUCGAAUCUUGUCUUACCAAGACACAUUGCUUGAUGAUUUUGGUAGACAUUAUUACUACAAUUGUUAUAUAGAAGGAGCUACUGAUUUUAUUUGUGGAAAUGCUGCUUCUCUUUUUGAAAGUUGCCAACUAAAUUCACUAGCCAAAAACUUGGGAACAAUAACGGCUCAACAUCGGAAUUCGCCAUCAGAAAACACAGGUUUCGUAUUCUUGGGUUGUAGGAUAACGGGCUUAGCCGGCGGCACUGUUCUUGGAAGGCCGUGGGGUUCGUUUUCUCGAGUUAUAUACGCAAAUACAUACAUGUCUAACGCCAUUUCACCAUACGGAUGGCAUGACUGGGAUGAUCCAAGCAAGGAAAGGACGGUGUACUAUGGUGAAUACAGGUGUUAUGGUCCAGGGGCUAAUAGAUCGAAGAGGGUUAGAUGGUCACGUGAGCUAUCACGUGAUGAGAGUGCACCCUUCUUGAACAAGACCAUAAUUGGAGGGAGAAGUUGGCUAAGACCUACACCAACCCAUUUUAAAACACAUGUGAAAUAGAUUCAUAAGGAUGAUCAAUCAUGUGUUUGGUUUUUGCAUUUAGUGUUUAUCCACAAAAACAUUGAUAUUUUUUAUUCUUUUUCUAGGUAUUUCACUAAUCAAUUAGUAAUUAUUAACUUA